CCAUACCACACAGCACUACUACUACUCUUCUUCUUUCAUUGGUAACAGUAAUACCCCAGUCUUAGUUUUUUGCAGGCGCCGUCCUCCCUUUUUUUCCUCUGUCCCCUCAAACCCCAUACCUUUUUUCUUCUCUUUCUACCAAAACAGUAGUAUUUGCUUUAUCACAAUUUCAAAAUCCUUCUCUUCUUCAUAUAUAUAUACUGAAGCAAAAGAGAAGAGAAGAGGAAUAUUAUUCAUAUAUGAACAUGUUGGACUAUGCACAAAAUCUUCCUCAGUGGCUUGUUACACUUUUGACAGAGAAAUUCUUCAAUGCCUGUAUAAUUCAUGAAGAUGCUAAGAAGAAUGAAAAGAAUGUUUUCUGUUUGGACUGCUGUGAGGGUAUUUGCCCUCAUUGCUUGUCACCUCACCGUUCUCACCGCCUUUUGCAGAUUAGGAGAUAUGUGUAUCAUGAUGUCAUAAGGCUUGGUGAUGCUAAUAAAUUGCUAGACUGUGCUUUUGUUCAAUCUUACACUACAAAUAGUGCAAAAGUGGUAUUUUUAAACCAAAGGCCACAAACAAGGGCUAGUAGAGGCUCAGGUAAUUGUUGCAUCAUCUGUGACAGGGGACUUCAAGAUCCAUUUCUCUUUUGCUCUGUUUCCUGCAAGGUUCAACACAUACUGAAAACAGAGGGCAAACUUACGAAGUAUAUCUAUAGGUGUGAGUACAUGACACUUCCUGAACCGGGUUUAGACGAUGGUCAAAUGACUCCUGAUACCAUUCUUGAACCGAUUGGUUCGGUAAGAACCGAGUCCGGUUCAAGUGGCGCCGCUGAAGAGGUUGGUUGCAGGACGGUUGGAUGCACGGCGACAACAGAGAUUGUAAGGAAGAAACGCAGCACCCUUUCGGCGUUCCGGUCUGUGUUUCGACCGGGUUGUGGACCGGGUUCGGGAAUAUCAGUUUCAAUGAUGAACCGGAGGAAGGGUACGCCUCAGCGAUCUCCACUUUACUAAUUUUGUGUUUUCUUGGAAGAGAAAAAUGGAAGUCGGGAGGGAUAUAAUUGGAAUUUGGAUCGUAUAAUUCAAGGGCAAAUUAGGAAAGAAAAAAAAAGUUUAAACCUCCCCAUUUUUUGUAGAAAUGGCUUUCUUUCUUUCUCCUUAUUAUUAUCUGACAAACAUAUUGGAAGCUAUAUUUCUAUCUGACAAUAGAGAAAUCAAGUGAAUAGGAAGGAAUAUUAGUAUGAAUGAGAUUAAUUAAUUACUGUAAUAGUUAUACCUAAUUUUUGGUGACAUGUACUUGCUUUUGCUUCUAUUGAAUGCUUAUUUCGU